AUGAAGACACAGCUGCGGAAGUACAGUGAGGGCAGCAACUCGUUUGAAGACCAGGAGGGCGAAAUUUCAGACGGAGCUUGGAAGCAGUUGGAGCAACGGCAACGAGAGAUCCUGCGGAUGCACGAUGAAACUGCAAGGAAGCUGGAGAUCUCGAUCAAGAAGAAUGGUCUUGCGUACGAACAACAGGGGGGACGGAAGGGAUCGGUCAAUGUGAAAGGAUUCAACUUUGCGACUGAUCAACGAGACCUGGACACGAGAACUCAAUCUCGUCUCCAGCACUUGCACGAUGAGUGGCAAAGGCAAUGUCCAUUUAAACCUAAAACUCGAAGCGCAGCUUUGAAUGGUGUUAGCUUCUCGAAAGGGGACAUGUAUGAUCGGCAGGUUGCAUGGAAACGUCUGAAGGACGAACGUGUCAACAGACUGAGAAAGGAGAAGCAAGAGAAUCUACAGCGCGAUUGCACCUUUCAACCAAACAAAAACUCAAAUCGUGAGAUCAUGGUAGAUGAAGAUCAGGAGGAAUUCGAAAAGAUAUGUACAUUUCAGCCGAAUGGCACCAAUCCAGACAUGCAAACUAUGAGCAAAGGUCAUCAUUACAGACCGCACUACAUGGCUCCUUUGCAUGUCGCUCCUCCUGUGAAGUAUGUCAGCGAGCGCGAGCUUGAGGAUCUAAGAGAAUGUACAUUCCAUCCAAGGGUCACAGGGGUGACCGAUGAGAUGCUGCUAGCAAAGCAAUACAUAGCAGAGCCAGCCUGGGUCCGACUGUCAAGGGUGGAUUCAACUCGUUUUAGCGGGUCAGAGAAGGUUUCAGAGCAAAAUAGUGGCACGAGCCUAAAGAGCUUUGCGAGACCAAGUUCAGCUCCUCCUCGUUCAACAUUCACUUCAGAGCGGAACAAUCCUACCAAGAAGUCUCCCCACUUACGGCCGAACUCCAGUCACAAGGAGCAGACGAACGCGGGGGACAAGCAGGAGAGCUACAAGGAAAGGCUGAUAGAUUCUCAGCAAGAGAGGUCGCGGAUGAGUUUUGACUCGAUGCUGGAAUAUCUCAACUCCAUCUCUGAGCCUCGGGCGCGGGCAGAGAAGGAGAAGAAACUGAGGACAGACGAUGACGACGCCUUCCUAAAACGGCAAGAGGAGUUCACGAAACUGAUGGAAUGGAACCUCAACGGUUUCGCUGAAUCUCCUCAACGAAAGUCUGGGCCUGUGCGAUCCUCAGCACAGCACAACAAGGAAACCUCGAAGAACCCUGCUACAGAGAAGAAGAAGCAGGGCAAAGUCGCGAUACGGGGCUCAUACUCAUGGGUGGAACAAUUGCUUUCUGGUUCUAAGAGUUUGCGCGAGAGCAAAGUUGGCAUCAGGUCGAAGAAGGGUGAGGCCGACUUCACGGCGAGGGAGGAGAAGAGGGUCGACUUGGCUGAGGGUAUCAGGAAGGAGAACUCGUUCCUCGAGCGAGUGGAGAACUGGCGGCUCGAGAGGCAGGAGAGGAUGAAAGAUCUCUUCAUGAAAGUGAAGAAGGAGCACACGUUUAAACCCAAGAUCAACGCACGGAGCAUGGUCAAGUCACCUCGUUCGUUGCAGGAGCUCUCAGAGGGUGACCUUCGCAGGAAGAUGGAGAUCCGGGAGAACCUGGGUCUGGAGCAGCUGGAGAAAGAGGUCUAUCCCUUCAAGCCCUCCAUCAACCAGAGGCCAGCCGAGAGCUGCCUGAAGGUCAAUCAAGAGCCCGAUAGCUAUGUGGAGCGCAUGCGGAGCCGCCAAAAGACGAUGCAGAAACACCUGGAGACUAUGAAGGAGGAGAUUGAGCGGGAGAGGAUGACCGAGUGCUCUUUCCAGCCUCGCAUCAUUCAGCCUCCUCAGUUCGUCUCGAAGAUAGCUGAGAGCAGGAGGAGACUCAAGUCUUCGGCACCUGACGCCUCUCGCUCAUCCUCCAGCAGGGACUGGAACCCAUCGGUAUCGACCGUCGAGGGAGGUCCAGAGAGGACCAGGAGCCCCAAGAGGAGUCAGACCGUGCUGCACAGCAGCAGUGCAGGCUCCAACAACUCGAUCCUCCCGCAGUCCGCGGAGAGGAAGCAGAGGAGGAGUGCGCUGCUGGCGGCCGCUUACAGGAUGAACUUGGGGAUGGAGUCUUCCUCCAGCAGCGAUGAUGAAUGA